UUUCGAGCCUCGUAGAUAGAUAGAUCGAGAGUCGAGGAAGAGGAGGAGAGAAAAUCUAAUUUCUGGGAAGAAAAUUCGUACUUCUUUUCGAUUGAAAUAUUAAACCUCAACAAAAAUCUUGGUUUAUUCACGUACAAUUGUGAGCAAAUCCUCCUAAAUCGGUGAGAGCUUGGGAAGCGGAAAUAUGAAGACGACGAAAGGAGGGAAAGUGAUGAACCCUACUGAUGCUUACCGCAAGCAGAUCCGCAAGAGGGAAAUUAAACGUAACAAGAAAGAGAGACAGAAGGUAAGAGAGGUUGGAAUUUUGAAGAAGGAUCCUGAGCAAAUCAAGGAACAGAUCAGGAAACUCGACAUGUCAAAGGCUGAAGGUGCAUUGGACAAAGCAAGAAAACAUAAAAAGAGACAGCUUGAAGAUACUCUAAAAAUGGUGGUCAAGAAGAGAAAGGAAUAUGAGGAGAAAAAGAAGGAGCAAGGAGAGGCCACAACCUCUGUUAUGUUCAGUCAUCUACCACCUCAACGAAGAACAACCAUUGAAGAGGAUGAAAGAUCGAAGGACUUAAGACCAGAGGACUCUGUUUAUUAUCACCCUACUUUGAACCCGACUGGUGCACCACCCCCCGGAAAGCCACCAAUGUAUAAUUCAUCUAUAGGACCUAGAACCUCCGCAGAUGGUGCUUCAUCUAGCGGUGCUACAUUGUCUUCUAAUAUCGAGUCAGAAGAUUCCGUCUUAGUUGCUCCUCCUCCACCUCCUCCACCUCCUCCACUUCCUCAUCUUCCGGAUGGAAAUACUACAUUAUCUGCUUCUUUGCCCCUUCCGCCUCCACCUCCUUUGCCGCCAACUACAGGACUUAAUUUGCCCCAUCCACAAUUUCCACCACCGCCUCCGGGACCCCCUCCAAAAGAGCAUGAUCUGGUUCGUCCUCCUCUUCCUCCACCUCCUCCACUUCCUCAGUCUUCCCAACCGCCUCCUCCGGGUCUAAGUGGUAGUGAAGGCGAUGGUAGAUUCCCUGAACUAUCAAAUCAAACUUUCGACGAGCACAAGAACACUAAUAUAACUUCCAUCCUUCCGCCUCCACCACCUGGCCUUCCCUCAAACCCUCCAAGCAACGAAUCUGAGGGUGGUCCAUCAGAAUCUAACAGCAGUGGUUUUCAAAACGCUAACCUCUCUAAGAUGGUUGCACCACCACCACCUUUACAUCAGCAACAUCAAUCAACAUUUGCAGGAGCGUCGGCUUCAUUGACUAAUUUUCAACCUGAUGUUCUUCUGCGUCCAGGAAUGUUGCAUUUUCCACCUCCACCACCUCCACUCGAUAUGCAUCCUCCUCUUCCUGGAAUGGUGGGCGGUCAUCUAAUCCCGAGGCCACCGUAUGGCCCACCACCUGGACCACCACCUAUGAUGAGGCCGCCGCUUCCACCGGGACCACCGCCGUCUAGUUUUCACGACGGUCAAGCAAUGAUCAGACCAUAUGUGCCAAACAAACCAUCUUAUGUAAAAUCCGCUGCUCCUACCGUUGUCAGGAGACCUCUCGCUCAACACACACCUGAGCUUACAUCCAUGGUCCCUGCCUCGGUUCGAGUCAGGAGGGAAUCAGCAGCAGUAAGCAAACCGAAACCAAAGACUGCGGUAGCCACGAGCUUGAGUUUUACACCUAGAGCUAUGGCUUCUGCUGCACCGGUGAAGGUAGAGUCAGCCAAGACAUCUGCAGCUUCAAAGCCACAGAGCAUUGACGAUUCUUACACAGCUUUCUUAGAGGACAUGAAAGCUCUUGGAGCACUUGAUGGUUAGGCUUUGGGACUUGUGGCUUUGAAAAACAAAGUGAUUUUUUGUUUGUUUUGUGUUGUCGUAAAGAUUGUUCUUUGAACAUACACGCUGACAGUUUUUUCUGAAUUACCGAUUCUUGAAAAAGGGAAAUCAGUUUAUCUUUUUGA